UAAUGGAAAUGUUUUGGGAGUGCCACUAGCCUUGUGGAGGUACUGGGGCAAGCUAGACGGUGUCUCCAGAUCCCGGUAUCUCAUCUCGUACCUCCCAACUCUAUCUUUCAUGCAACGCCGUUUGUCUUCUAUCUUGAUACUGAUGACUUGGUGCCUUGAACUCAAAUAUCCUUUUUUGCCUGUACUGGUAAUAACGCAUACGAUUCUGAUGAUCUAUCGCGUGGAGUUCCUUCGGAAAGGCGGAGGCCGGGUCGGCCUACAACCACGACGUGAGCUCGCAGGUAUAGUCACCAUGACUUAAAAGGGGUCGUAAUCAUAAUAUCGUAUAUACAUUUUUCGGUUGCCACGAAAUACAUUACAUUAG